CGGGAGACAAUAAAAAUUGCCCUAAAUUGCUGCGAGACAUGUUGCUGUUGUGGUUGCUCUGCAGCCGGACGUUCGGCACAAGAAUGUCAACUUUUUUGUUUCUGGGAUUCCGAGAACACACGUUUCUGUCUGUUUCUCGGGCGACUUUCCCAUCUGCGCCUUGGGCAUUUCACAAGCAACCCCUAGCAGAACCAACAAGUCAUUCCGUCGACUUGGGCCCAAUCUCCGACCUGGAACCUCACAGGGCAGCAGCCACCCAGUUGAGCUUCACCUAUGGUGGAAUCACGUAGCGCAACCGUCUUUCUUACUAAGUUAUGCUAAGGUUAGUGAUCUGAAGAGCCGUGGCGCAGAGCCUGUCACACCAGGCCACAUACAUGCG